AUGACGACUAUAACAACCACAGAUAUACCUGUGAUUGCCACACAGGUCCAGUAUACCACCACUCCUUCGGAACCCUCAUCGGACCCUCCCCCAACGCACUCCCUCCUCCUCAGCACCACCAACCAGACCAAUAACCCCUUCUUCCACGAAGCCUGCGUCUACCUCCCCGCCCUCAACGAACUCUACAUAACUUCCAACCUCCUCAGCGCCAACACCUCCUCCGCCUACCCCACUAUCCUAAUCUCGCGCAUAAAGCUCACCCGCUCCUCCGAAACUUCUUCCAACGACAUCGCCAGCCUGCAAUGGGCGAAACUGCGUCCCCCGCCGGGUAUCGACAUGCCGAACGGCGGCGUGAACUACAAAGACGGCAUUCUCUUCUGCGCGCAAGGCUCGCCCUCGCCCAAAACAGGAGGCCUAUACUACAUGCCGCUCCACUCCCCCCCUCAGCCCAUCGUGACGAAUUUCUACGGGCGCGAUUUCAAUAGCGUGAAUGAUGUCGUGGUGAGUGCGGUGGACGGCGGCAUCUGGUUCACGGACCCCGUUUAUGGGUACAAGCAGGGGUUUCGGCGGAGGCCAGAGUUGCCGGGCCAGGUUUACCGGUAUGAUGUGGGGAGUGGAGAGGUGCGGGUUGUGGCUGAGGGGUUCGAUCGGUGUAAUGGGAUUUGUUUCGGCGUAGGGGAGACGAGGCUCUAUGUUACGGAUACGGGGUUGAUUCAUGGGGAUGGGACAAAGGAUUUUACGAGACCGGCUACGAUUUAUGUUUUUGAUGUUGAGACUAAGGAUGGUGCUCCUUUUCUUGUUAAUCGCCGGACGUUUGCUUUUGCUGCCUCUGGUGUCCCGGAUGGUAUUAAAUGUGACGUCUAUGGUAAUGUAUACGCUGGCUGCGGUGAUGGAGUCGAGGUUUGGAAUCCGGCUGGGAGUCUUAUUGGGAGGAUGAUCGUCCCAGGUGGUGUAGCCAAUUUCUGCUUUGGGAAGGAAGGCGAAUUGUUCCUUUGCAAUGAGCAGAAGCUGUGGAGGGUUCAGUUGGCAGAGACCACCAAAGGUGCCUUGCUUGGCAUUUGA